AUGCACGAUCAAGAUGCUGGACCCAGCCGGCCACAGCCAUUAUCGCUCAACCAGCUGACACUGCUCGAGUUCUUCAUGGACGGCAUGCGGCGGUUCUACUUUACUUAUCGCAAGGGCUUCCCGACAAUCACGCCGUCUUUUUACACGUCGGACAUGGGCUGGGGGUGCACUUACCGCACAUGCCAGAUGAUGCUCGCCGAGUCGUUUGCGCGCGUGCUGCUGGGGCGGUUCUGGGAUCCGUUCCGGCUAAGCGCGUCGGAGCGCAUGCGGCAUGGGCGGAUCAUCGAGUGGUUCCAUGAUGCUGAUGAGCCCAAGGGCUUUUACUCGAUCCACCGCAUGGCGCGCACGGCCACGGCCAUGGACAAGCGCAUUGGCGACUGGCUGGGGCCGUCGAUUGCGGCGCAUGUGAUGAAGCGACUGUCCAACCAGCACCCCAACUGCCCAGUGACGAUCCACGUUGCCAUCGACCAGACAGUGUAUUCGAGCGAGGUACGGAAACAGGCGAUGUCGGGCGGUGAGGAGGGAGUAGAUCGGCCGAUGUGGCAGCCGCUGCUUCUGCUGAUCAAGACGUUGUUCCAGAUUCCGCAGUCCGUUGGCUUAGUUGGUGGCAAGCCAUCGCGGUCGUUCUACUUUAUUGGGCGGCAGGGUGACAGCCUGUUCUAUCUAGAUCCACACGUUACGCGGCAGCAUGUUCCCCGGUCCGGAUCUCUGGACGAGCAGCAGCGGGGUGACGAAAGCUCGGACUCGGACUCGGAUGCGUCGUCUGACUUUGAGAUGCUAGGCAUCACGGAGACGGAGGAGUACCACACAACACAUAUCAGCUCGAUGCCGAUCCACAGACUGGACCCAUCGAUGCUUCUGGGGUUCCUUUUCAACACCGAGGCUGAAUGGGACUCGUUUCAAGAGUCACCACGGUCAAUCUGCACUGGGGCAUCGCCCUUGUUCACUCUAUUGUCGGGUAGCAGCAUGAUGACACCGCAGUUCGACUCGAUUGUGCAGCCGAUUCCGGGGCAGAUCACCAAGUCGCCGCUGGCAGCGCCGCCGCUGAACCAAAUGCGGUCGGCGUCGUCGCCAAAGUUUACUACGGCGGACAUUAACAACAUGAUGGCGGUUGAUGAGGCGGACGAUGCGGCGGACGACGAGUUUGAGAUUUUGUAG